GCUCUUGGUCUCUGCUCUGCUGGCUAUGCCUAUGCUCUUCUGCCUGCAUCUAUUACUUUUUUCAAAACUAACCCCAUACCCCCCUUCUCCCAUCCCACGGCCACUAGUGACCUUCCUUCCCCCUUUCUCUCCUUUUUCCCCAUUCCCAUUUCUUCUUCCUCUCUUGUCUAUCGAAAGAUCAAAUCUUUUUAUGAAUUGGUCUCUCUAAUCUUCAGCGAUUUAGAUCAUAUCCUAUUGCUGGGGUUCAGUGUUCCUGGUCCUUCUGCAUGAAUGUAUUAAUGCCUGUUUGACUUGGCAAUUCUCGUCUGCUUCGUUAGCUUCAAGAGUAAGGGUGCUGCUGUCUUCUUUAAUCAAAGUCAGGAAGCUCCCCAUCUUUCAAUUCGAACAGCUGGGUCAACGUGAUACAGGCAGAGCUGAGCUGGGUAUUGCUUGGAAUUGGCCUUCUUCAAUUUGGGCUCGAGUAGUUGGUUAGGAUCAGGAAAAAAGGGCGUGCUUUCCUUGGAUUGGGGUGAUUCAUAGUUCAUGCUGGUUGCAUAAGAUGGAGAGGUUUAAGGCUAGAUUUCUAUUCUUUUAGCAUCGAAUGCUUGAGGUAGGUCAGUGGAAUAGCAUGAGGAAUCUUUUUAAGAAGCUUCAUAGUGCGCCUAAUCAGCCAGAAAAUACAUCAGAAGGGGGAUCGACUUCAUCAAGAGGAAGUAAGUUGAGUUUGAGUGAGGCAGAAAGGCUUUUGCAGCCCAAGUCCAAUGACAGCAAACCCUUUUCAGGUCUUUCGAAUUGGUUGAAUUCGGUUACUAAUAGAAAGAGUCCUAGCCCGCCAUCUUCUUCGAAUGCGUCUAGAGGGGGAGAGAGGAUGAAGCCAUCUGAUUCAGUUUCCAGUAGUGGUGCUUCUGAUGUUGCAUCUUCUAAUGCAAUGGUGCGUGAUUCGGGCUCUGCAGCUUCUAGAGGUCUUGGUCAUGGUAAUAUGGAUGAAGAAUAUCAAAUACAACUGGCUUUAGAGAUGAGUGCAAUUGAGGAUCCUGAGGCAGCUCAAAUUGAAGCUGUCAAGCAGAUAAGCUUGGGCUCUUCUGAUCCUGAGAACACUCCUGCUGAGGUUGUUGCUUACCGUUACUGGAAUUACAAUGCUCUAAGCUACGAUGACAAGAUCUUGGAUGGUUUUUAUGACUUGUAUGGAAUAUUGACCGAUUCCCAAUCGGACAGAAUGCCUUCCCUGGUUGAGUUGCAAGCAACACCAGUCACAGAAAGUAUCACUUGGGAGGCAGUGCUGGUUGACAGGACUGCUGAUGCAAAUCUGUUGAAACUUGAACAGAAGGCUCAAGGAAUUGCUGGCAAGUUGAGGUCAGAAUCUGUGGCUUUUGCAGAUAGCCAUUUAGUCAAGAAACUAGCCUCUUUAGUUUCUAACUACAUGGGGGGAUCAGUUGGAGAUCCUGAGAACAUGUCAAGAGCAUGGCGCCGUCUUAGCUACAGUUUGAAAGUAACACUAGGCAGCAUGGUUUUGCCCUUAGGAUCUUUAACAAUUGGAAUGGCUCGUCAUCGCGCACUGAUGUUUAAGGUUUUAGCUGAUAAUGUUGGCAUACCAAGUCGAUUGGUGAAAGGACAUCAGUUCACUGGUUCAGAUGAUGUGGUCAUGAACUUCGUGAAACUUGAUGAUGGGAGGGAGUACAUUAUUGAUUUGAUGGCAGAUCCUGGGACUCUGAUUCCUUCUGAUGCAGCUGGAUUAAACAUGGAGUAUGGUGACCUUUUCUUCUCUGCUAGCCCUUUGUCUAGAGAUAUCGACUCAUCUCAUCUGGCCUCCUCUAGUAGUGGAGUGGCAAGUUCUUCAGUCUCUGGGACACUCGAAAGGAGAUCCAGGGGUAGAAACGACUCUACUGCUCCAAGUACUCGAAGUGACGAUGAUAAAGUUGAAGCUCAUGAAUCUUUGAACUCUAGGUUUCAAAUUAAAGGAAAUGAAGGAUCCAGGUCUGCCCCAGAUGAUAUUGCCAGAUCUUCUGGCAGGCAUAAUCUCCCUUAUGCACAUGCAAGAUCACCUUCAUGGACUGAAGGGAUAAGCUCUCCUGCAGCACGUAAGAAGAAAGUGAAAGAUGUCUCGAAAUACAUGAUCGAUGCUGCAAAAGAGAAUCCACAGUUGGCUCAGAAACUUCAUGAUGUGCUGGUAGAAAGUGGUGUUAAUGCACCACCUAGCUUGUUUACAGAAUUUGAGCAGCUGAGCCUGCCACUAACUGAGGGUAAGUCUGUGAUGGAAGAUGAUGAAGACCCGAAACAUAGAACUGGAACCCAGCAAAUGCAGGAUAACAAUGAUCCUGGGCCUGCUCGGUUUUUGCCACCUCUGCCUCACUAUAAAAUGCAAUCCCGAGCAACUUCGGCACAGUUAAGACUAUCAUCUCCGGAGACAGUAUCCAUGGUGGAUGAGCCUAGUCCUGCUCGAUAUUUUCCGCUUCUGCCUCAGUACAAGGGACAUUCUAAUGCAACUUCUUAUGCUCAGGGUCAAACCGAGCAACGUAACCAUCCUUUCAUUAUGUCAUCAGAGUGUGAUGCAAGUCCUGGGAAAUAUGUGAAAAAUGUUCCUGUUGCAGCUGCAGCAGCAGCUGCAGCAGCGGUUGUUGCAUCUUCUAUGAUGGUUGCUUGCUGCCCUGUCUCAAACUUGGAAUUGCCUGUUGCUGCUGCUGCAGCAGCUGUAGUGGCAACAACUGCUGCUGUCAGCAAGAAGCAGCACGAUCAUGGUGUAAGAAGUGAUGGAGAUACAGAUAGUACUGGCUAUGAGCCACGGGGAAGUGGGGAUCGGGGUAGUGGGGGCCGGGGUAGUGGGGGCCAAGAACAUGAUGUCAUUUUGGUGAAUUUGGAAGGAGAGAGAAUAUCUGACAGAUUAACAGGUAAUGAUAGCCCAAGGCCAGAUAUUAAUCUUGAUGAUGUUGCAGAGUGUGAGAUACCUUGGGAAGAAAUUACCUUGGGCGAACGCAUUGGACUUGGAUCAUAUGGGGAAGUCUACCAUGGAGAGUGGCAUGGAACUGAAGUUGCGGUGAAGAGGUUCCUAAAUCAGGAUAUUUCUGGGGAAUCGUUAACAGAGUUUAAGAGCGAGGUUCAAAUCAUGAAGCGACUUAGGCAUCCCAACGUGGUUCUCUUCAUGGGAGCAGUGACACGUGCUCCUAAUCUUUCUAUUAUUACAGAGUUUCUUCCAAGAGGUAGCUUGUAUAGAUUACUUCACCGGCCUAACAACCAAUUGGAUGAGAGAAGGCGAUUGAGGAUGGCACUUGAUACAGCUCGGGGAAUGAAUUAUCUACACAACUGCACCCCAGUUGUUGUGCACCGUGAUUUGAAGUCUCCAAAUCUCUUGGUUGAUAAAAACUGGGUUGUGAAGGUAUGCGAUUUUGGUCUAUCGAGAAUGAAACACAGCACAUUUCUCUCUUCAAGGUCAGCUGCUGGAACUGCCGAGUGGAUGGCUCCAGAAGUGCUAAGGAACGAACCUUCAGACGAGAAGUGUGAUGUCUAUAGCUAUGGGGUCAUACUUUGGGAGCUAUGUACAAUGCAACAACCAUGGGGAGGAAUGAACCCUAUGCAGGUUGUUGGUGCUGUGGGGUUCCAACACCGACGACUUGAGAUUCCAAACGAUAUGGAUCCUGCAGUUGCAGAUAUUAUCCUGAGAUGCUGGCAGACUGAUCCGAAAUUGAGGCCGACAUUUGGAGAGAUCAUGGCAGCUUUGAAGCCACUGCAGAAGCCUAUAACUGGCAGCGCGCAAGGGCAUAGGCAUGCUACAAGAGCUGUUGGAGCUGAGAGCAAGGGUCAAUCUCCACAAGGAGAAUAUCAGGCAGCAGGGUAGUUCAAACAUGGUGGGAAUCGCAGUUUCAAGAUAGAGUUGAAGGCAGCAACACAGCUUCCGCGGUCUUGAUGGGCCAAGCGAAACCAGGGCAAAGAAAGAGAUCAGCAGGAGAUGUGAACGUGGCUAAUAGAGCGAAAGCAAAGUACAGAGUAUGAGAUGAUUCUGAACUCUGGAUUCUUCACCGUGUUAUGUUGCGAUCCUAUUGAUGUGCAGUGGAAUGAAUCAUCAUCCAUUGUCAAUGUUUGUAUAUCUUUUGUCUCUGAAACGCUCUCAAUUGAAACUGCCUAUAUAUAUAUUGUCAUUUGUGGCGGCUGCUGGAUUUUGUUUUCGGUUUUUGGGUUUCCUGUGGUCAUCAAGAUGACAGCAGAGUGAGUUUUGGUAGGUUGAAGCAGCAGGCAAUGGGAUAAAUGUAAAUCGUUUUGCACAGGUUCUCAGUUACAAUAAUGAAUACCAGAUAAGCAGCUCACAGAUCC